CCGCGUCAAUUUAUUGUUGCCCCCUUGCCUGCAUCUCCUCGGGAUUCCCGAUUGAACCAAAAGUCGCCGGAGAAUGACGACAUACGGCACGAUCCCGACGUCUUCAUCCGGCGGCGGUGCGACUGCGAGCAUGGAGUACAUCUCCCGUGCGAAGGCGACGAUAAAGGAGGGGCUCGGCACGCGGCGGGCGUGGCGAGAGAUGUUCAACUUCCACUCCUUCGGCCUCCCCUCCAGCUUCCACGACGCCGUUUCGCGGAUCCAGAUCAACAUCGCCUACUUCCGGAUGAACUACGCCCUGGCAGUCCUCCCGAUUCUCUUCCUCAGCCUCCUGUGGCACCCGAUCUCCCUCAUCGUCUUCGUCGCCCUAAUGGCCGUGUGGCUGUUCCUGUACUUCCUCCGCGAUUUCGAGCUGGUGAUCUUCGGCCGCCAGAUCAGUGACGGCGCGGUGCUGAUUGUUCUCUCCGUCCUCACGAUCGUUCUGCUCCUCUUCACCGGCGCGACCUGGAACAUUAUCACAUCUCUGCUAAUCGGCGCGCUCCUCGUGGUUGCACACGGUGCUCUCAGGACCACCGACGAUUUGGCCUUGGAUGAGGAAUCCAGCGGAUUAUUGGCCAGCCACGCUCCGUCUGUUCCGUCGUCUUAGUGUCUGCUGCUUGUGCCGUAUGUGUUUGCGCAUUUUCCUUUCUCCAAUCCCAUUAUUUUAUGUUAUUGGUUUAUGAACGAGUGUUGAUUUUUUCUCAUAUCUUGGUUAAUUUGUUGUAAAUGUAGGGAUGUGCCUUCAUUUGGUUUUGUUUUUUUUUUGGAAGAAAUUUAAAUCAGUCAA